AUGAGUGAGGCACAACCAAGGAAGCUGGUCGGUGACGAAAUGCUAGCUCUUGGCCAUGGACUUCCUUUCCAGCACAUCGGGACCGUGGUGGAGCACGAACCAGCUGCCAUGGCUCCUCAGUUUUUUCCAGUGCCUAUUCAGAUGCCUUCUGCCCCACCCGCGCCGCCGACAAAAAGUAUGAACAAACAUCUUGCGGAUAUGCCCAGGGACGAUAUAAAACCCAAGUAUCAACGCAGGGAAAAGGUCAUUACGACAGACGCGACCUGGGUUUGUCCUGACGGCUUCGCAACGGCUGGAGAUGACUGUGUCAAGUACGAUCAGAAACCGACGAAACUUGGCUGUCGCGAGGGCUGGACGUUCGUGGAUAACGGCUGCAAGGGGGCUAACGUCCUCCCGCCAUCGCUUGAGUGUGAUCCCGGCUUCGAAGAGGUCAAUGGCCAGUGCAUUCACAUAAAAGUCGCCCCGAAGCAGAUUCUCUGUCCGCUUGGAUACGUCCUGCAUGAAGACCACUGUAUCCAAGAAACAACUAGCAAACCUGAUGUCGUUUGCCCUGAGGGUACGGUAUUUUCCGGAAACGAGUGCAUUCGUCCCACGGCAUUCGAGCCGACGGCGUCGUGCCCGCCCGGCUUCGAAUUGUACAAGAGCCACUGUCGCCGCCAGCUGGUGAAGCCCAGCGCAGGAAAGUGUCCACCAGGAACGACUCCGGCGGGAAACAAUUCGUGCGUGCACCAACAAGUCACAGAAGCCAAAAUCAAGUGCCCUGCUGGAUUUCAAAUGGUCCAGGGUGUCUGCGUCAAUCACCAGGCGGUCAGCCCCUCGAUCAACUGUCCCGAGGGCGUCCUAGAACAGAGAAAAAAGUGUGUCGUGUGGUACGAGGAGCAGCCGAAAGUGGCUUGCCCACAAGGCGCCACGUUUCAUCAGAACCAAUGCAUUAUGGAGCACACGGUCCAGACGGUUUCGCAGUGCCCCCCAAAUUCAGCCUUCGAUUCUCGGAAACAGCUGUGCGUCGGACCACACCAGAAAUCGCCCCCGAUGCGUGCGUGCCCACCAGGAUACGUGCCAGAGCACGGGAAAGAGUCAAACUGCAAGCAUAUCAAAACGUACCGUCCCGAGCCGAUAUGUCCUCCGGGGAUGACUUACGACGAACUCAAGAAUACUUGCAAGGGAGUCAGAGAAUUCGAACCCCUUGUGUCGUGCCCGCCCGGUUCACAGCUGAACGGCAAUCAAUGCUUUUACACUGAUGAGACACAGCCUCAUGCACAUUGCCCCUCAGGCUAUGUCUACACCGAGCAUGACCGGCUUUGUCAGCAAACGACCGAGCAAGCUCCUCAGCAAGAGUGCCCACCCGGUUUCACUUUCAACUUGGACGGAACAUGUACACGGUCCGAAUCCGUUCAACAGGAACUCGUGUGCCCCCCUGGUUCCGUUCUUAAGCACCAAGGCAAAUCUGCGCAGUGCGUUGGCGAGCAGCGCAUGAAUCCAGACCAAGUGUGUCCACCAGCGUUCGAGCGUCGCUCCAGUCCCGACGGGACACUCACCUGCCUUGGCAAGAACGCAGCUCCCCCCAAACUUUCGUGCCCCCCGGGGUUUGUGGACCAAGGCUUCCAGUGUGAUAAACAAGAAGUGGGGCCUCUCCGAUCAUCGUGCCCAGUUGGCUUUACCCUCAUCGACCAUCAAUGCGUGCACCCGGUGGAGGAGGCGCCCGUAGUAAUGUGCCCUAUUGGCUAUAAAUUGUACCGAGGCGUCUGCGUCAAACAGAUGAAGACAAAUCCUACCCCAAUCUGCCCGCCUGGGUUCAAGUACGACAUGCUUACCGGCAAGUGCUACAAGAUGGACGUGAGCUACGACUUUGAAAAUGCUCUUCCGCUGGAGGAGCAGCCCAAGAAACCGAAGGAGGAGGCACUAUUGCCGCUAGAAGAAACCACAACCACGACGCGGGCUCCGGCCCCCGCGCCCGUGAUGCCGGCAGCCAUGCCUGCAGCGGCGCCAGUGAUGCCCGUAGCAGCGCCAAUGAUGCAAGCACAACCAACAACCGUCCAGAUCAUCUCGCAGCCUGUGCCGAUUCCUUCCCCGGUAGUCUACUUGCCGCAGCAGGCGCCCCCCCCUCCUAUGCCCCUUCCGCCUCCCCCGCCUCCUCCACCGAUGCCAGUGCCGGUGUUCGUUCCCGCACCCCCGCCCCCGCCGCCAGCCAAGAAAGUUCAACAUAUUCCGGUGGCGCAUCAUCAGACAGUACUUGCUGUGGAAGAAAAGAAGAAAAAGAAGUGGUUUGGCUAG